AUGAAAGAACCUCUUUUAAAAGGCAGCGAAAUUCAUACAUAAGAAUAAGAAAAGCAUUAAUCUAUCAAAAAUCUGCUUCCUCAAUAAUCUGUUAAAGGAGAUGACCAUAAUUUAUUUUUUACAGGUCUUUCUAAUCUCAUUUAAAAGGUUAAGAAAUAAACAUCUUAAGGAUAGUAAAUACAAAACGAAGAUGUGGCUUAGAAUAUAACAAAAACUACUUAACUUGGGCCAUGCGUCGUAAAGCUAUAAAAUUAUCUCGAUGGUUUAGAGGAUAAACAGGAAAAUUUCAACUCAAAGAAGAGAAAAAGUCUGAAAAGUAUUUUUUGGUUUAUGACGAGAAGAUAAUUAAUUAUUGGUUUGACUCUUUCAAUCUUAUAAAAUGCUGUAGGAUGUGGAGCUAUUUUUAUUUUGGAUUUGAUUACAGAUGAACUAAAAAAAGAGGAAAGAGAAGCAAAUUAUAAAAUAAAAAUUAGUUUUAUGCUGCUUGGAAUUGUGAUGCUUUAUUUCAUAAAAAACAUUUUAUUCUCUUAAUACACUUGGUGUUAGGCUAAGUGGAAGUCUGAAUGUAGAACAACACUUUAGUAUGUGACCUUCUAAAAAUAAUUAAAGUCAAAGAUAUUUAGUUCUCCUACAGACUAGAAAAAGAGUCAACCUAAAAAAGCAAAUGGGAGUGAUAAAAAUAGCAAAAACCCUUAAAAGAUACCUGAUAUAAACAAUAUAAUGACUGUAGAUGUCAACUAAUGUUUGAGUUUAUAUUGGUCUCUAAUUGAGACUGUAAGCAGUAUUAUUACUUUGACAAUAGUUCUAGUUCUAAUUUAUUACAAAAUAGGAGCUGCAAUCUUAGCUGGUAUUUAUGUCUUAAUUGCUUCCUUUUUAGUUAACUUAGUUCUAACUCUAUCAAUGUCUUUUCUAUACUCCAAGUAAUAUAGAAUGAAAGACAAGAGAAUAGUAUUGACGAAGGAUGUUAUAGAUGGAAUUAAAAGCAUUAAAUAUCUUGGAUGGGAGAAAAUAUUCUAAAAAAAAAUUGAAAAAGCUAGGUCUGGAGAGUAUUCCUUUAUUAUGUCCACAAGAUGUCUGGAUGGAGUCAUUAGUGUCUUUUGGAACAGCAUAAGCUAUUUCUUGCUCUUCUUUUUCCUUGUAGAUUUUAUAAAUGAGGGAAAUUAACUAAAGGAUUCAAAUGUCUUUACAAUAAUUGCACUAUUUGGAUAUCUAACUUAUCCUAUGGGAAUUUUGCCUUGGUCUAUUGGAUAUCUCGUUAAAAUAAGAGUUUCUUUUAACAGAAUUUGCUAGUUUUUAGAAGACAAAGAAAUUACUCCCCAAUUCGAACAUAGAGGAGGAUAAAAUAACGAGUUUGCGAACACUGUUAUUGGUGAUGUUUAAAAUUCUCAUGAAAAUAUUGCAUUGUAAAUAAAAAAUAUGAAAUUUAUGUGGCCAAGCAGAGAAGUAAAAGAGGAAUUUGAAUUUACUGAUUCAAUAUAUCAAAACAAACACGAAAGCCAACUAAAAGAGUGUCAUGAUUUUAUUGAAGAAAAAUAAGAAACACAGUCUUUUGAAUUAAAUAUUGAAGAUUUUUCAAUCUAAAAAGGAACUUUAAAUGUUAUAGUUGGUAGAACAGGUAGUGGAAAGAGUGCUUUACUAAACGCUUUACUGAAAGAAAUGGAUUGUUAAGUUUUUAACAAAAGAGCAUUUGAAAAAAGUAUUUCUUUGAUUUCUAAAUCUGAAAAUGAAAAUAGUUAAAUUAUUAACAAUUCUUCAUUUUAUUUAGAAGGAAAAGUUGCUUAUGUUGCUUAAAACCAUUGGCUUUAAAAUAAAUCAAUUAGAGAUAAUAUUCUUUUUGGAGAAGAGUAUUCUUAAAAGUGGUAUGAUACAUGUCUAAAAGUAUGUGAAUUAAAAGAAGAUUUGCAAGCCUUUAAGGAAGGUGAUUAAAAACUUGUAGGACCUAACGGAUCGAACUUAAGUGGAGGAUAAAAACAGAGAAUAGCACUAUGCAGAGCUGUUUAUUCAGAUAGUGAUAUUUAUUUGCUUGAUGAUAUUUUUAGUAGCUUGGAUGCUCAUGUUGCAAAAAGAAUAUUUUUAAAAUCAGUUAAAUAAUUACUUGUAGAGAAAAGGAAAAAAACAGUAUUAAUGGUAACAAGCCAUUUUGAGAUACUGAAAGCAGGUAAAAUUAACCCAUCUUAAAUGAUUUUAAUAGAUAGAGGGCUUAUUAUUAGAGACACAAUAGCUAUUGAAUAGUUUAUGAAAGCAAGUUAGGCUUUUAAUAUGCAUAGAGAUGAUCCUUCUAGAACAAGAAAUAAUUCUCUAUCUAUAGAAGAAGUCGAUUAUUCAAAGUUAUAAAUUGAUGAUUCUUUUCUUGCCUCCUCUAGAUCAAGUUCUUUAUCUUCUUUAUUAAUGCAAAAAGAAGAUACAGAAGAAACAAAUUAAGAGAUAAAAAUAAAACUUGAAGAUAAAAAACCAAGUGAAGUCAAAAAUGAAGAAGUUAGAGAAUAAUCUUCAAUUAAGUUUUCAACACUUGCUACAUAUUUUAGUACUAUGGGAUACAUUUUCUUAAUGUUUUUCUUAGCCUUUAAUUUUUUGAUGCAAGGAAGCUAAAUGCUUAUAGAUUUUUGGUUAAGAGACUACACUAAUCAUUAAAGCUCAUUUUUCAACAAUAUUAAUGACACUUUUGACACUUUUACAAAAGCAUUUUUCUUCUUAAUUUUCUUAAAUCUUGGCAUAACAGCCUUAAGAAGUUUUUUUUACUGUUUAUGUGCUCUUCUAAGCAGCAGAAGAAUGUUCCUUAAGCUUAAUAAAAGCAUACUUUUCAGUAAAAUGAAAUUUUUCGAUACUAAUCCUGUUGGACGUAUUAUCAGCAGACUAGCAGAUGAUGUUGAUUCAGUUGAUUAUUAUCUGCCUUGGUAGUCAUAAACAUUCAUGGAGCAGCUUGCAUACUCAAUAGGUUAUCCUGUUGGCAUUAUCGUUCAGUUCCCUUGGAUUGUCAUUAUCAUUUUAAUAUGCUUUGCUUUUAUUUACUAUGUCUAAAGGCAGUUUAGAGAUUCGAAUAGAGAAAUUAAAAGACUCAACUCUGUUAAUACUGGUAAAGUUUUAACUGUUGUAAGUGAGUGCUGUAAAGGUGUAACAACAAUUAGAGCAUUUGAGAAAUAAAAUUAUAUUUUAAAGGACUUUUUUGCUAAAUUAAAUGAAAGCGUAAAUACAUUUGCAGUAAGCUAAGGAGUUUAAGUUUGGAUGAUGAUCAGAUUGCUUACUAUAAGCAAUUUAGUGUUUUGUUUUGUGAGCAUUUCUAGUAUUGUCAUUGUUGUUUUCGAUUUAGAUUUUAAUUACAACACAAUAGCUAUGUGUCUUACUUAUUCCAUUUUACUUUCUACUAGGUUUUCUGAUCUUAUGUAAUACUUUUGUAAUGUUGAACAAUAUUUGAUAAGUGUGGAGAGAAUAAGAUAAUACUUCUGUAACGAAUAAGAGAAUCCAAGCGAGAUAAUCGCUAAAAGUUAUUUUAAUUAUGAAAAAUAAUCAUCGAAAAUUGACGAUUAAAAAGAAAGAAUUUAAUAAUUGAAAGAAGAUUAAAGUGAUGCUGAAAUUGAAUUUUAAAAUGUUUAUCUUUCAUACGAAAGCUCAAUUUAAAAUAGCAUAGAUAUAGAAUAGAUGCAAGGAGAGCAAGCUGAGAAAUGUUUUGCUUUGAGAGGAAUUUCUUUUAAAAUUAAAAAAGGAGAAAAAAUCGCAUUCUGCGGAAGAACUGGUUCUGGUAAAUCUUCUAUUUUGAAUUUGAUUUUUGGAAUGUAUCAUUUCUAAAGAGGAGAGAUAUUUGUUAAAGGAAAAAAUAUAAAAGUAAUGACUCUUUAGGAUUUAAGACAGCAGAUGGCUAUCAUUCCUUAGUUUGGAUUCUUGUUUAAAAGUACUUUAAGAGAUAACUUAGAUCCUUCAGGGAAAUUAAAUGAUACGUAAAUUUAGUGUAAAAUAGCAAACUCAGGAAUAUCUUUGGAGUCAAUUCAAUUUAAGGAACAUAAAUCUUCUAAUUCGUAUAGAUCAGAAAAUGAAACUAGGUAUUAAUUAUAGCUAUAAUAAGAUGCUAAUUUAGACUCUUUGAUUCAGGAAGGAGGAGCCAAUCUCUCAAAUGGAUAAGCAUAGAUAAUCAAUUUUCUUAGAAUCAUCCUAAAAGAUACAGACAUCAUUUGUCUAGAUGAAGCUACCUCAAAUAUGGACCCAAUCACCGACUCAUUAUUAAACUAAGCUCUGUUUGAUUUCUCCAAAAAUAAAACAUUAAUUGUAGUCACUCAUCGCUUAGAAAAUAUAGAUAAAUUUGAUAGAGUAUUUGUUAUGGAUUCUGGUAAAAUAGCAGAAUGUGGACAUGUAAGCGAACUUAGAAAAGCAGAAAAUGGCUUUUUUAAUAGAUUAACAGAAAAUUAAAAUACAAAAUGA